AUGUCUGCUCGUUAUGCCCCCCUCCCGAAUCCCCACACCGACCCGGACGCCAUAGACGAGAUGGAGGCCGCAUUUGAUGACUCAGACGACGACGACGAUCGCUCCCACUCCGGCCAGAUAGCGACCGCUCGCAACGGAUACCACUCCCUCCUCAACGCUGAGCCCGUCCCAGCACACGAUGCUGACGAUCGUACGGCCCCGUCCGCGUACGACUUCGAGAACUCGGACUACGACUACACCCUCCCGCCGCCCGGUUCUCCGCCUGGUCCCUCCUCCCGGGCGCUCCCAAACGAGUUCGGGAACUCAAAUGGGCUCGUGCCGUCCUUCACUGCGAUCCCUACCGAUGCUACCCCCAGGAGCGGCUGGUUCAGACGCACGGCAGCGUCGGUGUUUCCCACCCACUACGCCGAGAGACUCGGUUUGGGCAGCUCAAGCAGGCCGCACGGACCUGUUGGUGGCGGAACGGGCAACGAUGGGGUGUUUGCGAACGUGACGGCAAAGCCCGCUCGCCAGGUGCGCAUACAAGACGGCGACGAGGUCUUCAUGGUCCCCGAGGAGGUGCAGAAGGAGGUGCCCCCGACGUACGCCCAGGCGCAGGCCGACGCCGUCCCACCCUACUGGGAGACCACGAUUCACGCACCCUCCCACACUAACGUACCCGGAGAUGUGAUCAUCGACUCGCUUCCUACCGGCUCCGUCUUCUCCUUCCUCUGGAACAUGCUCGUCUCGAUCUCAUUCCAGUUCGUCGGCUUCCUCCUCACCUACCUCCUCCACACCACCCACGCCGCCAAGCUCGGUUCGCGCGCGGGGCUCGGCAUCACCCUCAUCCAGUACGGCUUCGCCAUGCGAGGCCGUGAGGACCUCUCCGGCGCUGAGGCCGACGUAUGGGCGUGGAAGCCCGAACAGCCCCGCCCGACGUUCGCUACCGCGGCGGAGGCCGAGGCGUACUACAACAACCCGAACAACACGAUGCCCACCGCGACCGUGCCCAUGGACGGCGGAUACCUUGCAAGCGAGGCGACGUCCGAGUGGCUCUCGUUCCUGCUCAUGACCGUCGGAUGGUUCAUCCUCCUCACCUCCCUGCUUGGUUUCUGGCGCGUCAAACGCUGGGAGCGCGGCAUCCUCGCCUCUCAGGACGACAGCACGCCCGCACCCUCGACGUCCGCUCGGUCCGCCGCCCUUGUGCACUCAAUCGAGCGCGCGUUUGGCCUUCAGGGCCUCCACGACGGCUCCCUCCUUCGUCAGGGCCUUGGCUUCCCCGGUGCGGCCCAUCGCGAACUCCACGGCGAAGACGACCACGAAUACGACGAGCCCGACGAGCGCCAACGGCGGAACGCGUACGUCCUCCCGCUCGACCCGGAGAAUCCGGACCAGAACGAGCGGAUCGCCCGCGCGUACGCAGACGAGGCGCGCCUGCACUCGGAUCUUCGCAAUGCGGGCCUGCUCUGA